AUGGCGCAUCAGUCCGAUGUUGCAGUCCACGGAAGGAAACGCCCCGCCGACGGGGAGCUUGAUGGUCAACCUCUAACGAAAAAGUUCGGUCAGCUACAGAUAGGGCCUCUUGCAACGCUUCAUCUGCUUAGUGGCCGGUCGGAGCAAGCUCGACGUCUACCAAAUACAUUACAAAGACACAACGACGCGAUGUUACUGGAUGACACAGCAACCACUCUUUAUAUCCAUGAUCUUGAGCAGGAAUUGGCAGAGGCUGAGGCUCUUGAGGGUGCUCUGACAAUCCUACCCGGGCUAGAAGGCAGGCUAUCAAUGACAAAAAUGCUGGUAGCAGAUAAUAGCAAAUCCCCGUGCAACGAGAUAGUUCUCUACAGGGAGCCUGAAUCGCUCUCAAUUCCAAAAGAUAAGGAUCAGGUGCGACGAGCUUUAAUAGAGACCAGAGAAAGAGCUAGGUCGGGUCUUCACAAGCUUCAAGGCGGUAUGCAGCAGAAAAAUGAUUCUGGAUAUACAUCCCAGAAUAAUGUUCGUGACAAGGACCAUGCGAACCACAGGGACGCUUGGAGCGAGGAUGUUAUGGAUAUUGAUGCAGAUGUGUAG